CGGCAGAGAAAAAAACACGGAAGUGACCCCAGGUGACACGUUUUUAAACAUGUUUUCGUCCAUAUUGGCGCAUACAUUAACCUUUAAACGUGACGAUAAGAUGUUAACUAUACACAAGACAAAUCACUUGAUAACAAGACAUAUUUAUUUAACCGUUUUGCAGGCGUUUCUGGCGUUAAGCGUUGAUGCAACUAAAAUGAAUAGCGGAAACUCUGAUGCAUCUGUGAUUGUUGUUGGUGGAGGUUUAGCUGGUUUAAGUGCGUCCAUUGAAGCAUCACGACUGGGAGCAAAAGUAACAAUUAUUGAGAAAGAAAAGAACUUGGGUGGCAACUCCGCUAAAGCUACAUCAGGAAUCAAUGGCGUUGGCACAGAUGCACAGUCAGCGAAUAAGGUGACAGAUAGCAUUGAUGCUUUCGUAAGCGAUACACUCUCAUCGGGAGAUGGUCUUUCAAAAGAAGAGCUCGUUCAAGUUCUUGGAGAAAAAAGUGGUGAUGCGAUCACAUUCCUUAAAUCCUUUGGGGUGAAUCUCACAUCUGUUGUCCAACUCGGUGGUCACAGUGCUGCCCGCACACACAGAAUCCCUCCUACCCCAGAAGGGAAGCCAUCACCAGUAGGUUGGACAAUUGUAUCAACACUCCGUAAAGUUGUUGAAAAUGAGCUUGCUGAUAAAGUCAAUGUCCUGACCAAAUCUACAUUGAAGACAAUCCUCAUUGAGGAUGGCACUGUGAAAGGUGUAGCAUACACUACAGAAGAUGGAGAGCAGAAAGAGUUAGCAGCAGAUGCUGUUAUUCUCACUGCAGGAGGAUACGCCAAUGACCACACAGAAACAUCGCUUCUAGCUGAGUACACACCGCAACUUGCCAAACUACCUACAACUAAUGGCCCUUGGGCUACAGGAGAUGUUGUGAAGAUAGGACGUGAUGCGGGAAUGUCUCUGAUACACAUGGACAAGGUACAAGUUCACCCCACAGGCUUCAUCGAACCAACACAACCCACCCACUCAACUAAAUUCCUCGCCCCAGAGGCUCUCCGAGGAUGUGGAGCUAUACUCCUUAACAAAGAUGGCGCUAGAUUUGCCAAUGAGCUUGGACGUCGUGAUUAUCUUACCGAGAAGAUAUUCGGUGAAUGUUCAACAUAUCCAGGAAUUGAGGAUGGCCCAACGACAGCUGUUAUGCUGAUGAAUAAAGAUGUGAUUGAUAAAUUUGGGGCGCCCUCUGCUGGAUUCUACAAAUUCAAGAAAAUUAUCCAAGAUGUGGGAACACUGGAAGAUGUUGCCACUAAGUUAGAGUUGAGUCCAGAGGUUUUGAAGAAGACACUAUCAGAGUACGAGGAAAGCUCACAAGCGGGAAAAGAUCAAUUUGGAAAAACAGUAUUUCCUGUUGUUUUUUCUGAAACGGAUCAUUUCCUGACCGCAUUCAUCACACCUACCUUGCAUUACUGUAUGGGAGGUAUAGAGAUAAACCCCUCCGCCCAGGUGUUAAAUGUGAACAAAGAAGUAGUUCCAGGACUAUAUGCUGCAGGGGAGGUAUCUGGAGGUGUGCAUGGGAACAAUCGCCUUGGAGGAAAUAGUCUCCUAGAGUGCACAGUUUUUGGGCGCAUUGCUGGAAUAAAUGCAGCCAAAAGCAAAUCUUCACGUUCCGACUUGUAAAUUGCAACAGCAAUGUAGCAAUUGUCAUGCAGCAAGUGACAAUGUGAAUAAGAUAAUAUGGGAAACAUGUCGUAAAAGAAAGGAAUCAUAAAAUGGAAGAUAAGAUAUUGCUUAUUUUCUCUAUUCUGUAUAGAAAAUAGUGACUACAUGUAUAUACCAUUUCAAUGGAACUUUCUUGUUAUAUUGCUCAUUUUCACAAAUUAUUCAAUUCUGAUAUCCUUAAUAAUCUAGUUGAAGUGUAAUUUGUUAUUGAAAAAAUAUAAUAUACUUUCUCUGAGAAUUAAGAGUAUUACCCAACCCUACAUUGUCAUUUCUUAUCACAACUGUUGUUAAUACAGUUAUAGUGUACAUAUACAAAACAUUCAUUUGUGUACAGUUCCUAUUUCAUGAUGUGAAUGUGAAUUAAGCCUGUUUCAAGUAUUUUUCUUUCUAUUUAGCUGCAUCUAAUAAGCUAAUGAAGAAGUAGUUUAAGUUGCUAUGGUUACAGUUUUACAUUAAUUUAUUAUUUAAGGAAUAAUUUAUACAUGUAUGUAGUUGCACUUCACAGUACCUUUACUUAAUGUUGCUUCCACAGAGGCCUCCAUGUAUAUCAUUGUUUUUCAGAAAGUGUACAAAACUCUACUAAAAAACAAAAACAAAAACAUUUCAUUUAUUUAAUUCUAUUGAAAGUGUCCUUUCUAAUGUACUUUAUCUUGAUGUAUGGGACACACGAUAAUAAUAUGGUACGCGUUUACAUGUAACACAAAAUUAUUUCAAAGAGUAAAGUUCUACAUUAUGUAGUUAAUGACGUUGUAAACAUGUAGCUUUGGCCCAUGUAGCUUUGUACAUACAUAAUGCAAUAUUUAGUUAUAUCUUGUUUUAUUGUGAACUUUUUGAGUAAUGAAUGUUUUUUUUGUUGUUAUGGUUGAUUGUACUUCAACGUUGUCCAUAAACUAAGUAUACUUAAAGUACUUCAUAAUCCGUGAAAUUAUCUUUAAAUCAAAUUUAAAGAUGUCACUGCUUGAGUCUCAAUUACUUUACACCAUUCAGAUUGUUUAAUAUUUGUAUUUAAAAUACCUAAUAAGGUGACAAUUAUGUGUUAAUAAAAUGAAAUGUUUUAAUUAGAAAUGUUUAAUGUAAUAAAAGCAGGCCAUGAUUAAUGCCUAUA